AUGGCUGGCGAACGCUGGGAUCGCGACCGCUUUGAGCGCAUGUCCCGAGGCCGUCCUGACGAUGAUGGAGCUUCAUACACACGCAGCACUCGACCUCGCGACCAUUCAGAUGAGCGAUAUGACCGUCGACCUGGUCGCGGUUAUUAUGAUGAAGACGACAUGGGCCGUGAUCGUCGCUACCCAGAUGACCCUCGAUAUCCUCCUCAGCUCCAGCGAGAGCGCGAGAGAGAUCGAGAGGCUCCUCCUCCUUGGGCUCGCCGAACUGAUGUCCUAGAGAGAGAAAGAGAGCGAGACUAUCCUCGCCGUGAAUCUCCUCCUCGUCGACCCGGCUUCCUCCGCAGACAAUCAUCUCUUGACACUUAUGACCGCCGACCAAGAUUCCUCGACCACCGCGAGGAAUACCCAGCUCCCGCUCGCCGCGAAGACGUUCGUCCUCGAGAUCCUCGAGAAGAUUACAGACCUCCUCCUUAUCAGCCCAUUCCUCUGCCCAAGAGCCGGGGACUGCCACCCCCUAGGAGAUACAACGACGAGCAUUAUGAUGACAUUAAGAUCGCCGAGCCCGACUAUUACGGCGACGAAGACUUUCGAUCCAUGCCUGAACGUGUUCGUGAGAGAGAGUAUACUCGAUCCCGCAAGAGCCGCGGUCGUGGUCGUGACCGUGACCGUAGCCGCGAGUCGCGCUCAACUCGAACUCGCUCUGUCCGAAGCAGCUCCUACUCUUCCGCGUCUUCCAGCCGUUCCUCCAGCAGCAGUGGAGGCACUACAGUGAGAAGCGAGUAUCCCAAGAAGGGCAAGACUCGCAUUCCAGCCAAGCUUGUUUCCAAGCGAGCUCUUAUCGAUCUUGGAUACCCAUUCUUUGAAGAGGGUACCACAAUCAUUGUUCAAAAGGCUCUUGGCCAAGACAAUAUUGACGAACUGCUCAAGGUCAGCGAGGAUUACAAAAAGGUCGAGGCUGAAAUUGCUGCUUCUCGAGAACCCAAGGCACCCACAGCUGCUUUGCCUGCACCUCCAGAGACAGUGAGGGAGCCUACUCCUGAACCACCACCAGCAAAGACUCCUCCUCCUCCCGCUCAGGAACCGCCUACUCCUAUGCCUCCGGUCCAGGCAACUCCAGUUCCUCCUCCCGCUCAACAGGCACCUCCUCAGCCUAUGCCAAUGCCUACUCCUGCGCCACCACCUAUUUACUACCAGCCUCCCCCUCCUCAGAUGGCUCAGCCAGUACCUCCCGCUUUCUACCAACCAGGACCCCCUCCUGCAGGGCCUCCUCCGAUGGCUGCUCCCCCGAUGGGCCCCCCUCCUCAACAGUCUGUGUAUGACUACGAGGAAACUGUCAUUCGAGACGUUUCGCCAUCCCGAACCAUGACUUCAAUGUCAAGCUACGACUCUUACUACCGGGAUAGUUAUCAUCACCACCACCACCCUGAAGAGCUUGUCGUUCGAACCCGCUCGAAAUCCCGAAGCCGCAAAGACAUUCGAAGGGAGAUUAAGGAUCUCGAGCGUGAGCUGACACACCGACCUCGAGGCCACUCCACCGGCGGCGAACUCGUUCGCGCUGAGCGUCUACCCGACGGCCAGCUGGUCAUCAGGGAAGAACGUGUUGAGAAGGAAGUUCUGCACCGUAAACCUCCUCGUAUCGAGAAGGACAAGAAAGGUCCUCCCCCUAAGCUCAUGCGGGCCAUGUUUGCUACUCUCACUUGA